CAGACAGGUGGAAGCGAGCGGAGCGGCGCGCCGCGCUCCGUGCUGCGCUCCGGGCCCCACCAUGGGCAACUGCGCGGGUCGCACGGAUUUCGAGUGGGUCUACACCGACCAGCCGCACACGCAGCGGCGCAAAGAGAUGCUCGAGUUUUCCCUUUGGUGUCUUCCUGCCCCGCUCCAAGACUAUGGAAAUAUCCAUCUUACUAUGUUUAAAGCUCUCAGACACCGGGUGUUGCUGAGUGCCAAGUACCCGGCCAUCAAGGCCCUGAUGCGGCCCGACCCUCGCCUCAAGUGGACGGUGCUGGGGCUGGUGCUGGCGCAGCUGCUGGCCUGCUGGCUGGUGCGGGGCCUGGCGUGGCGCUGGCUGCUCUUCUGGGCCUACGCGUUCGGGGGCUGCGUGAACCACUCGCUGACGCUCGCCAUCCACGACAUCUCGCACAACGCCGCCUUCGGCACGGGCCGCGCGGCGCACAACCGCUGGCUCGCCGUGUUCGCCAACCUGCCCGUGGGGGUGCCCUACGCCGCCUCCUUCAAGAAGUACCACGUGGACCACCACCGCUACCUGGGCGGCGACGGGCUGGACGUGGACGUGCCCACGCGCCUCGAGGGCUGGCUCUUCUGCACGCCGGCCCGCAAGCUGCUGUGGCUGGCGCUGCAGCCCCUGUUCUACUCGCUGCGGCCGCUGUGCGUGCACCCCAAGGCCGUGACCCGCAUGGAGGUGCUCAACGCGCUGGUGCAGCUGGCCGCCGACGCCGCCAUCUUCGCCCUCUGGGGGCUCAAGCCCGUGGUCUACCUGCUGGCCAGCACGCUGCUGGGCCUGGGCCUGCACCCCAUCUCGGGCCACUUCGUGGCCGAGCACUACAUGUUCCUCAAGGGCCACGAGACCUACUCCUACUACGGGCCCCUCAACUGGAUCACCUUCAACGUGGGCUACCACGUGGAGCACCAUGACUUCCCCAGCAUCCCGGGCUGCAACCUGCCCCUGGUGCGGAAGAUCGCACCCGAGUACUACGACCACCUACCGCAGCACCACUCGUGGGUGAAGGUGCUCUGGGACUUCGUGCUCGAGGACUCCCUGGGGCCCUACGCCAGGGUGAAGCGGGUGUGCAAGCUGGCGGAGGAGCGUCUGUGAGCCGGCGGCGGAGGACCCCGCGGAACCCGGGGGCCUGCUGCCCUGCCCCGCCCCCCACUGCUGCAGAGCGGGUUGUCACUGCCCACCCCACCCCCAGCCCGGUGCCCAGAGCCGCUUUCGCUGCAUUUGGUUCCCGCACUGACCGCGGUCUUGUCCCCCAGAACCCAGGACUGCAUCCGGCCACAGCGGGCACACAUGCAGCCUGGAGAAGCUUGGUCCGCACCUGCACUGUCGACCCAGGCCAGGCCCUCCUUUCCUGGGCCUCGGGGACAGAGGCCUGGCCCUGCCCUGGGUGCUCUGUGCCGCCUCCACCGAGCUGACGUCCCUGGUGUUCCCGUGCCCUAAACUCAGUUCGGUGUUUUGUUUUCACAGCCACAGACCGUGCUUCUCCGGGGCGGCGUGGUUCCAGCCCAGCCUCAGACUGAGGCCCCCGCCCCCCCGCCGCCCCGCCGCCCCAGCCGGACCCUGCAGGCCUCAGGCCUCUGGAUCUCCUUCCCGGCCGGCCCCGGCUGCACCCCGCCUGCUCUCCAGCCUUGGGGACUGCGGCCGCUCCACGUUGUGUGCUUAGCACCCCUGCGGUCCUGCCUUUGUGAGUGGCCCCUGCACACCCUGGGGCUUGGGGGGGGGGUCCACGUGGCCCUGAAGCCCCUCGUUAGCGGCCUUCCCUCCUCUCCAGCCUGGCUGAGUGUGGACACUGCCCCCCUGAGCUGUGCUCCCGCCCCACCUCGAGGCUCUGGCCUGAGGGAAGCCCUCCCUGACCCUAGAGGUUUUAACCCAGACAGGGUGGAGUCUGUCUCCCGGACCGGCUCCCCAAGGACUCGAGAUCUUCAUAAACGGGUGCCGCAGGCCAGAUGCACGGAGGGGAGACAUGUGACUGGGCAGACAGGUGGCUGCCUGAGUGAACCACGGCCUCGAGGGAAGCAGGCUGGUGUCCCUGUUGGUGGCCCUGUUUUUACUGGUGGGGGCAUGGCCCUUGGCCCUUGGGGGCUGCAAGGGGUGGGGUCCUGGUCUCCCAGAGGCAGGCAGCAGGAGGGGUGCCUAAGGCUGGGGAGGCUGAGGACCCCCCCCCCCCUCCGCCGCUGUGGGCACCGCGGGGGCCCUGUGAGCUGGCCCAGGAGAGGGAGGAGGGCUGUCAGGAAGGCACGUGGCAGCUCCCAGGGCCCGAGACCUGGCCGGUGCUGCGCAAGGACUUCCUGCCCGGGACUGGGAGUGGCCUCAUGUGGUGCCAGGCACCCGUCUCUGAGAACGGUCUGACACCGGGAUGGCCCUGGGAAGAGGCCCGGGCCCCGGGGCUGUUGUGUGAGGCAGCGCAGCUUGGCGGGAGUACUUUGAGCCCGGACAGGGGGCCCCUCCCUGUGCAAACAGGCUGGCCCGAGCCAGGUGAGCGCAGCCCCUCCCGCCGCUGGCCUAGGGACUCCUCGGGGCCUGCCAGCACACCUGUCCACAGAGCUGUCCCGAGGAGACUGUCACCACCUGCCAGCUCCCCGCCAGACCCCAGAUGAUAGCAUCAGUGGGCCUGGAAUCUGUCGCCCUGGGUUACAACCAGGGCCACUGCUGGCCCUGGGGGCUGCUCACCUCCCGACAGAACCACCCGGCUCCUGUCUGCACAGUUGUUGGGAGCACUC